AUGAGUGCCCUGCGGCUCACGGGCUGUGGUCGGGGUCGUCCCCGCAGUGCUGCCGUCAGCCACUCCCGUCCUCGGCCCGCCACACUGGGCCCCUGGCAGCAGCACCCACCGAACGUCCUGGGCCCAGUGUUGCCCCCAGGAAGCACCCUGGUGCUGCCGACUCUUCCCAGCACGCCGUUGGUGGCAGCACAGGCCAGCUGUGGCCCAGGCUGGCCCGGGGCCUGCAACGUCACUGUGCACUUCCUGGCGGCCUCGGGAGUGAAGACCAUCCUGCCCGCCCCUCCUGCCUGGAGCACCCAGGCUAGCGAUGAAGGCUGGUCCCUGCACCGUCCACCUCGAGCUGCAGUGCCAGCUGCCCAGCUGGCCUCUGGCGGGCUCCCAGCAUUGGCCAGUCCUCGUCCACCUGGGGCCGCUAGGAACAGCGGCCCGGCCUGCUCGCAGCCCACUGCCUCGCCCGGGAACGCCUGCCACCGCACCAGCGUGAACGAAAAGUUCCGGCGCUGGCAGCACUGCAAGCCCCUGGCCCGCAGGCACCUGCCCCAGAGUCCCGAUGCGGAGGCACUGUCCUGCUUCCUCAUCCCAGUGCUUCGGACCCUGGCCCGCCGGAACCCCACCAUGACCCGGGAGGAGGUCCUGCAGCGGGGCGUGCAGAAGUGGCAUUGUCUAAGCAAGUCAGAGCGCAGCAUCUACUAUGUGAUGGCGGGAAGGUUCAUGGAGUUCGAGGCCGAGGAGGCGAGGCAAUGUCAGAACGCACAGUGGAUGAAGGCGGCGCAGGGCGUGCCUCAUCCAGCACCCCUCAGGCCUGUUCCUCGGGCGCCCUCAGCCCCAGAGCGGGGCCAGAAGCGAGCUGGCCAUGACCCCCCACGGGAAUGUCCCCGAGCUCCGUCCUCCCUGAGCACGCUCAGUGCUGGGGAGGUGCGGCCAGGCUACCCACACUCCUUCCCUGCACCCUCCUCAGCACGCAUCCGCGAGAAGGCCAGCGCCGGGGCCCAGUCCGCCAACGCCCAGCCACCGCGAUGCCGGCAGAGCCCGCACACCGAGGCGCCGACGGAGAUCCCCCUCGAGGCCGUGGCAGAGGGCCUGGAGAUCAUGGAGGGGCUGCUGGGGCCCAGCGGCCCAACUCAGGGGCUGCCCGGUGAAGAACGUGGGGAGGAUAGCUCCAAGCCGCCACAGGGAGAGGAGGGCGUCUAUCCAGACGCGGGUCUCCUGACCUACAUCAAUGAGCUUUGUGCCCAGGGAGACUUUCUCAACAAGGCGGACGCAGUUCUGCACCCACGCUUCCUGGCGGAGUUGCCCUGCCCGGAAGCCCAGCUGGAUCUCUUGGCCCUCGCUGAGGAGCUGGAGCAGGAGGAAGGACUGUCUUUGCUGGAGCAGAAGCGACUCCUGGAACUGAAGCAGGAGGAGGGUGUGCAGGCCCCCGCGAGUCACGGCACACCCCGACUGGACUCAAGGCCUUCUGGGUCUGAGGCCGGCCAGGAUCCCCAGAGGCACGGCCACGGCCCCCAGCUAGGGGCCAGCGACCAAGCCUGCCCACCAGAGUCUGGUUGCGGGCAGCGCCAGGCGCACAGCCGAGGAGACGCUGGCGUGUGGAGGCCCGAAGCCUUCGCUGCCUCUCCAGGACGCCAGGAGCCCCCUCCCCUGAAGGCUGGCUGGCGGCCCCAUGCCCCCCAGGCUCGGUGCCGCACUUCGCCCAGCCUGGGGCCCAGGCUCGCCACUGCUCCGGGAGAGACCUGUCCUGCUCGGGAGCCCCUGGGGCCCACGGGCAGGCCCAGUGAGGGCGAGGAGGAGCUCCCCAGCCUGGCCUUCCUCCUGGCAUCUCAGCACACACUGCCAUCCUGGGGACUGCCCCAGAGUCCUACUCCAGGCUCAGACCUCCUCCGCCCUGGAGUACCCCAGGCCCGCUCUCCCCAGAAGCCGGGCCUCAGCCCCGCUGGCCCUCCAGCUGGCAAGGCCAGCAGUCGGGCCCCGUGUGCAGGCCCAGCCCCUGCUGGGAAGACACCCCUGCCAGGGGCCAGCCUCGGGGUCGCUGGGGGACCAGCCUUGGCUCUGGGGCUGGGCUGCCCCUCACAGCCCCGGAAGAGAAGGGGGGACCCUUUCGGCACAGGGAAGGGUAGGAAGCGGCCCUGCAGCCAGUAG